AUGUCUCAUCUAACGCGACCAUUGAGCCGACAACGGGAUCCGCCUCCUUCUUUAUUCCUCCAUCCAUCUCCUUCAGCCUCAAAUGCCUCCUUACCGACUGCUCCUCCACCAACUGUUCCUUUCAUAGGCCAGUCCAACUUGAGACCAAACGUUGAGCCUGCACCUUCUGUUCGUUCUGGGCGUUCCGGAGCUGUUCCCCAGCGGAUUGGGUUAUUCCCAGCAGAGAGUACUCGCGCGACCGGAGACCGUACUGAUCUCUUGUGGUCUGAGAUGCAGGCAACUCUGGAAGAAGUCGAACUCUCGGCCACUGGGGGAACUCGUGUAUUUGGCCCAGACCAUGACCGCAAGCUAGCUGAUCUAAGAGCUGCCCAAAUUGCUCUAGCUCAGGCCUGGGCACGAAGUGAGGCAGACGAUGUUAUAGACACAGCGCAACUCGAAAACGUAGGAUCUGUGACUGGAUCUGAAGUUCGAAACAUGAAGGGUGCACUAGGAGAUACCUCAAAGUCUGGCCUUGAGGGAACCGAAAAAAGUGCAGUCGGUACUAGCAGUAUUUCACGUCCCAACAGCAGUGGCACAGGAGUCGAGAGACUGGGUCACAAGUUGGAAGAGGAGACAGAAGUGGACAUUCUACUUGCAAGAAAACGGCGAGAGGCCAAUGACCGGUACUUCCAACGAGUUAACCAGGGAGUCAUCGACGUUGUAACCCGGCUUGAAGAUGUUGCAGUUGCUAUGAGAGCUGUUGAACAGGAAAGCAAGGAAGUUUGGAGCGAGAAUGACAGUGUCCCUGGGUUGUGA